GCCGAAAUUAAUUAAGGAACACUCCGCUCUGGCAAACAGCAAACUCACACUUGCAUCUGCAUUUGGAACGCUUUCGCUUUUCUCUCGUUUUCUCAGCUGCCAAACUCAGUGUUUUAUCAUACAUUGAAGAAGAAAGCUUAUGAAUUGCAUGUACUGUAUCAUUUGAUAUGGGUUUUUUCUUGGGUGAGUAUGGUUCUUAAUGCAGUAGAAGGAGCUGAAUCUGAGAUAUGGCUGGCUUUGGGUGUCUUAUUGGGAGGUUUCUUUUUGAUUCCUCGACAUCUGAAAUCUGCUCAAAGACAAAAGAUGCACUCGAGUGCUAGCAAAAAGAAGGCAUACACAGUUUACAGUAAAGCUGAAGUAUCCCUGCACAAUAAUAGAGCUGAGUGUUGGAUCAUUAUCAAGGAUAAGGUGUAUGAUGUUACCUCAUACGUAGAAGAACACCCUGGUGGCGAUGCCAUUCUAACACACGCUGGGGAUGAUUCAACUGAAGGAUUUUAUGGGCCACAACAUGCUACCAGAGUUUUUGACAUGAUUGAUGACUUCUACAUUGGAGAUCUAGAGCAGUAAUCUUUUACACCAUUGGAUCAAAAAAUUAUCCAAAGAAGCGUGUAUCAAGAGAACAUUAUUCUUCUGUUGGCUUUCUGACUUUCAUCUGACAUUUUCCCCAUAUCUUGCAUAGUUUUGGAAUCAGCUGUUCGUUAACUAAGUGACAGUAGAUGAUGGACUAAGCUUUAGCAAAAUAGGUUCAGGGGUUUUGAAAAUUGAAAGUUGUAGCCCCACCUCAUUCACAAUGCCAAUGGAUAUGAUUUGUAAAUUUGAUAACUCUGCAGGGCUCAAGUAUGACAAUUUGGAUAAAUUAUAGGAUAA